AUAUUAUAUAUUUGGUUUAUUCACCUUAAAAAUAAUUUACUUUAACUCCUAAAAUCAACUCGUUAAAACAUCAUUUUAAUUUAUCAAAAGACGUCACGAAUGAUUGUCAAAAGUAAUGAAAUACCUAACAUUAAAGUUCCCAAUUUGAAAUCCAAUGAUUUAUCAUAUACAAAAAAUAAAAAUGACAAAAAAGAAGAUAAUGGUUUAACGUUAACAAAUGAGAAUUCACAAGAACUGAACAUAAAAAGAAUGGAUUAUUCUUUAGACAUUAGCUGUCAUCCAACCACACCGAUUUUUGAAGAUGAUGAAGUUCAUAGACAAGGAUAUUUAAAAACUGUAUUAGAAAACAAUUCUCGUGAAAGAAAAUAUUCGUUUAGUGAACAUUGUUCAUCACAAGAAAUGAAUUCAUUUAAUGCUCUAUGUCCUCCUUCACGUUCCUUUAAAGCACAUAGGCUUUCAAAAAACACAAUGGAUGCUUCAACUUCUCUAUUUUUGUCAUCAAAGAAAGAGAGAAAAGCAUUAUCUAUGAUUGAUGGUUGUUCAAAAGAUAAUAAUAACAAUAAUCAUAGUGCUGUUAGCCCAAGAUUUAUGGUGUUAAGGAAAUUAAGUGAAGUUUCUACUCUACCAUCAAAUUCUUUAUCAUAUUCACUUGCACCGCAUACAUCACAUGAGCGAGAUGAAGAGAAUAGAUUAACAAUUCAAGAAGAAAAUGAAGAUGUGAAUAGUAAACGUAUUGAAUAUGGACUACUUCAUAAAAUGGACGAUCUUAUGAAAGCACAUCUUGCCCAGAUUACUUGGAAAAUAUCAGAAAGUCAUUUGGAUGCGCGUCGAAUUUGGGAAGAGCAAAGAAAGGAGAUGAUAAGCUUUACUGAAACUAUCACGGAACGACUGAUAGAAACACAAGCAGAUAUUCAAAGAAACUUUAUGUUGGAAUCCACUCAUUCUCCUUCACUUUGUUCCUCAACCAAGAGCGUUACUUUAGAAGAAAGUAAUAUGUUUAUUCUAGAAAAUGGAUCAAAUUUGUCUAAAACAAAGCAUGAUCAAGUUCGACAACCGUUAUUUGACUUGGAACAUAAGCAACAUAAUAUAGAAGAACAGAUCACCAAGCCAAGUGAUCAAGCUAAUAAAAUCAUGUCUCUUGAAAUUCAAAAUAAACAAUUAAAAAAGCAGUUAAAAGAACUAAGUAAAAGGACAUGUACUUAUGAAGAAAUAAUAAAAAAGCAAAAUAUUGAAUUAAAACAACUUGGAUGCAAGCAUAUAGAUACAGAAUCACUUAUCCAUAGUAACAAACAAGAAAAGGAUCAUCAUUCAACAGCAAAAAAUAUUACAAAUUGUCAUCAUCAUGAUUCCACUGUUGAUAAUCAAAAAUCACAAUCUAUUAGUAAUUGGGCUGAUAUGAUGGAAUCAGAGGAUGAAAUAAAGAAAAUAACCGAGGAAUGGGCAGAAAAAUACGAAGAAUUACAAUCUAAAUAUUUUAAUCUUCGCUUAAAAUUAGAGUCGUCGUCGGAUGAUAAAAUUAAAAUCUAUAAUUUAAAUCAAUCAAUGACUGAAAAAGACGAAGAAAUUCGUCAAUUGAAACAGGCAAUAAGUGUCAAUAGAAUUCAGUUAGAAUAUUUACAGUUGGAAAUUAAUAAAUAUCAAAAGAUGAUGACGAAUAAAGUAACAAUACAAGCAGAUCAAAAUUACCCAGCAAAGCAAAAGAAAAACACUCUUGACACUGCUACUUCUAAUCUGUCAACAGAACCGGCUUAUGUUGUAUCAAAUGGAUUUUUAUCAUUUACAACCGAGAUUAACGGUCGCCCCUUUAAAUAUAUUGUGAAGAUCCCAAAUGGCAACCAACUUCCCAAAAAGGAAACUUUUAACAAACCUAAUAGUAUUAAGGAUGAUUGUAUUAUGUUAAAUAAUUCAUGGAAGAAUAAUACCAAAUAUGUAAAAACAAGGAAAUAAUAUUCCCACC